UUUUGCUGUCUCUGAAUAACUGAAAACGAGUCACUAUAAAAUUAAUGACGAUAAUCAAUCAUUCCAUAAGCUUGCGAGUAUGCGCUGUGGAGUACGCGACGCGUUUCGACAGGAUUCUCUGCAGGAGUGAGUUCAAUUGUAAAGCUCUUUCAAGUUUCGAGAUUCCUCGCCGUCCGUCGCGAAGGUGAAGAAACAAGUUGUGUUCAUAUCGGUUGCUGCAGUUGAUGCUGGUGAAGAAUGUCAUGGAGAACAAUUUGUUGAAUUUUGAUCAACCGUUUUUAUCAGUAAGAAGAAGCACACCUGCAUUGCCGCCAGAACAGAGAGAUACUAGGAAAACCAAUGUUUCUCACCCUGCUAUACCGCGCCUUCCUCCCCACAGAUCCGAGCUAAAAUCUGGUCCCAUUAGGAAUCCUGGUUUGGUGCCAUUUCUGUGGGAACAAACUCCCGGUCGUCCUAAAGAAGAGGCAAAACCUGAUAAUCAGAACCAUGAUAGACCUCCAAAGCUUCCUCCUGGGAGAUAUGUCAAACCUAAUAAGAAGGAUGGUGAUAAACUUUCGACAAGUUCUAGUGUUGGUAAGAAUGAAGCCGUUAUUGCUCCACCUAGUGAAAACCAGAGGAAAACUUUAGAUGUCUUUGAUGAAAAAAUCAAAGUUGUUGAGAGAAGUAAAGGGAUGACAGUAGAGAAGGAGAGUUCUGAUUCUGGGGAUAGUGAUGCUUUUGUGGAUGCACUGGAUACACUCUCGAGAACAGAAUCCAAUUUCUUGAAUUGUAGUAUUAGUGGCUUACAUGAAUUGGAUAAUUUGGAUGUGGACUCAUCUGGAAUCUUUUCGACGGAUCGACAAGCUCAAAAGUUCAUGAUGGAUAGGUUUCUCCCGGCUGCAAAGGCAAUGGCUUCUGAUACAGUUCAUUAUACUCCUAAAAAGCAACCUGUAGUUCAAGAUCAACCGAAAAAGAUAGAUAAAGGAGUAAAUCAAUACAAGCCAUCGCUACGAUAUGGACCUAGUUUUGCAAAGAGGUAUUCUGAAUAUUGUGAAAAUGAAGAGGAAGAAGAAGAAGAUAGUGAAGAAGAUGAUGAUGAUGAUCAUCAGGCAAAGUUGCCUUCUGCUUGUGGUUUAUUACCCCGGUUUUGCUUUAAGGGUUCCAUCGGCCGCUUAAAUCCAGUUCCUGGAAUGAGUGUGAGGACCCGAGCACCAAUAUCUUCUGAUAAAACACGGCUUAGGUCGUCAUCCUCGGGUUCUUGUAGUGAAAUGGACAAUGAGUCAAAGAGCAACAUAUCCAAGAAUCUCUUUUUCGAAGAAGCUCAACCAGCUGAGUUCAUCGAAAGAAAGACUCCAUUGAGAAAUGCCAAGGAACAAUUCGAGAGUCGUAUCACAGCAACAUAUAGCCAUGCAAAUCGCCCUUUUCUUGAAACAAAAGUGCUCAGUGGCUCAGAAGAACAAAAAUAUGCAAUCGAUAAUGAUUCAAGUCAAUAUGGAAAGGGCCUCAUAUCCUUUCAGGAGGCGUUGGCUGAUCAGGACAGUCUAAAGAAGCCGAAUUCAGGAAGUUGCAUCACGGAGAAAACUCUCUAUAUAGAUACCGUACAGAAUCUGGAAUCCCCGAACCGGACGUUGCACACCAGUGAUACACAAGACUCAUCGGGACUUCCUAGAUUGGACCAAGAUCAUGAGAUCACUACUAAAAAGAUCGAUCGAAGCCAUGUAGCAGAUUCAACAGCCAUUGAUUCAAAAAGGUUGGAUGAUGUAAAUGGAGAGGAGAAACACCUGCCCAAUGCUCACAAAUGUGAUGGCUCGAUUAUUUCCUCGUCAUUCGAUGAACCAAAUGGAGAACACAUGAUGGAGACACCAAAUGCCUGGCUUACUACAGGAACUACAGAACCUGUAAAAACAGCCACAGAGAAUCUCAAAAACCAAUUACCGGGAAACACCGAUCUCCUCACUCCUCCACCCUUACCCAAAUCUCCAUCUGAUUCUUGGCUUCUUCGUACAUUACCUUCCAUCUCGAAGAAUUCAUCGAAAAUUGCUCAAAGCCAUGGUCCAGAUGCUCCUAUAAAGGAUGUCAAGUGGGAAACUAUGGUUAAAGCUACGAUUAGUACGAAGCUGCAGCCACGCCAUCUGCAUGGUUCAGUGGGAAUGCUGGCAGCUAUACCUGAAGCAUAGUGUGGAAAUGUGGUUUCUUGAAAUCCCGAGCCUUUACGAGUUGUUCGGUAAGUAAGUUAUCUUUCUGCAGCUUUUGAAGUCAAUUCUUAUAUUGGUUGCCUUGAAGUUACACAUUGCUUUUCCCUACGGUGGGUUGCUCGCUGGUGGUUUGGAUCCCUUGUUUAGUAAUGAUAUUUGAAUAAAAUCACAAUGGGAAUACUCCUGUGAUGGGGUCAACUCAUAUCUACUGGUAAAUCUGUGUACAAAGAAACAUACAAUUCAAUGCAGUAAGUUUUUUUAUUAAUA